AUGUCGCAGACUUCAAUCCUCCUCCUCCUCCUCCUCCUUCUCCCCCUCCCGUCGUGGGGUCAAGCGGUGACAUGCAAUACAAGAUACUAUGUUGCUAUCAACUAUGUAUAUGCACAAUGUAGAACCAGCAAUCCUGGUGCUCUACCGCUCGGAAUGGAAGACUCUCUUGUACAAUACAACUUCGAAAUCGCCGCCAAUAGCUUACAUCGAAUUUCCAUGGUUCGGUCGGACAGCGCUUCCUACGUCUCCUGCGCAAACUUGACAUUGAACACGGAGAACUCUACUAGCCGGUCAUCUGGACACAUGCGCCCUAUUGUGUCGGAUUAUGCUACAGCGCUCACAGCAGUACAAGCGGAGGACUCGGCAAGAGCGAUCAGGUCGAUGGGCGUCGGGUUAUAUGAUGUAUGUUUUCUCAAGGAUGGAGUAUGGUCAAACACAGGGAUCAGUAUCAAUGUACAGAAAACCUUUCAAUAUUUGGAGGUUGGUGGGAUAAGAACAGCUAAUGGAACACGAUCGGCCCUUCCGAAGAACGCCUUGCACCCUUUCAAUCUGGAUUACCUCCGAUAUGCUGAGAUACCUCCGAGUGAAGGAGACGUCUUGGCGUUCGUCAUGCCGAAUAUCUCCUGCCCGACAGAUUUGACGAAUGCUGGAAACAAUUACACGGCUGUGAAGUUCACAGGGGGAAACUUUCAGAACCAGGGAAGUUUGAUUACUAUGGCUGCCGGCUUCUAUCAGAUCUGCUACAGGGAUGCAGCGUCUGCCUUCAUCAAGACGGGGACUUCUUUGUUCAUUCAGCAGGACGUCGUUUCGGUCACUGUCAACAGCAUCACUCCCAAUGCUGGAACUAACCUGACGCUACCGAAGUCCCGGGGGAGUACCAUGACUUUGUCGCGUGAUGUUCCCUCCAAGGGGUUCCAACAGACUGUGAGGGCAAUCAGUGGACUGGUCGCGCAGUACUCGUUCGAAGACACCAUCCAAUCGGAGCUUGCAGACACCAAGUGCGGGCAGAAGUGCGAUUCAUCCCUAGCGACGCAAUACAGCGGGAAGCUGAAAGGGGACAACCUUGAUUUUGCAUACACAAAGACGAGCCCGAUCGGCCUGGGGACACAGCAAUACCUGCAGUUAGAUGGAAGCACGCAGUAUGGAGUAGUGGAUUACAAUAUCUCUGCCAAAGAGCGAAAGAUGUCAAUCUCAUUCUUCAUGAAGCCGAACAACGACAUCUGGCUAGAGCAGACGAUCUGGUGCUCGAGCGAUAAGGCCUUGAGAAGUUACAAUCCAGGUCUGGUCUGCAUCAGCUAUCGACCAGAGCAGGGUCAAACGGACAAUCUCCCUCGCUAUUUACAGCUGGAGAUCACGGCGACAGUGAACAACUUUACUCUUGGCGACGUGGCCAAGUUUUCAUAUCCCUUCUCGCAGUCAGUAUGGUAUCACAUCGCCAUUGUGAUCGACAUGUCAGAUGCUGUCUCUGGAUUAGCAAAUCUGUAUGUCGAUGGUAUGCAGGUCUCUCAACUUUUCUUCAAGCCCAACAGCAACUUGCUCUCGUCUCCUCUCUACAUCGCGCCCGCCACCAUAGGAGCCUUCUCUCCGUCUCCCAGCGAAAUCUACAACUACUACGGGGGAGAGCUUGACGAAAUAGCUCUCUUCGACACAUUGCUGUCUGCCAACGUCGUCUAUAACAUUUUCUCCAAGACGAACGCCUUCGACUUCGUCGUCCCCAUCUCAGGCUACUUCUCUUUCCUCCCCAUCACCGCAGAUUGUCGCGCCGCUGCCAGCCUCCCUUCGUCGCGCAUCAUGUCGUUCGCCGAAGGAAACGACGGGAGCGUCCUCGUCGCCAAGGACUAUGACGCCACACUGUUCUCAAACCCGAGCAUCGAUCACGUGGUUGACUUGCCGGCUGGUUCUUAUCAACUCUGCUUCUCCAAGGACCUGGGCAAGCCCUCGUACCCAGCAAGCACAUGGCUGCCGACAGGAAUCUUCGUUGUCAUACAGCAAGACAUCCUCGGGCUCGCGAUCAACGGCGUCAAAAGCGUCAACGGCCUCCGUCCUGUAAUCCCUCUCUCAGGGUCGUCGAUCUUUGAGACCUUCGGGGCGGAGGCGAGGAUAGUCGGAGAGAGUAUCCUCUUUACCCAGCCGACCUCCCGAUGCUCGGAGGAGACCAACGUCCAGGGCUGCUCGGCGGUACGGGCCGGGCCUCUGACCUCGGACAUGCUCCCGGGAAUCGUCAAGUGGGGGCAACUGUGCACAUUGAACAUGAGCACGGUAUACCAGGUUUGCUACAAGGCGCCCGGGUCGCAGACGUUCACAACGACUGGCAUCUCUGCUACUUUUCGAGAGACGCUCGUAGCUCUCGAGUCAUACUCGACGGCGAUGGGCGACGGUCUCAGGGUCACUAUCCCGAAAAGGGAUGACGUCAGCAUGACUGUAGUCGUCUCCAGCAGCUUCCUUGCUGCGAACGGCCUCGUGUACGUUAGCGGCCAAGAGUUCUCUCUCCAUCUCUCCUUCAUCCCCAGUCACCUGCUCUGCCUCGACUCAAGGUGGAACUCCCUGAGCUUUCAGAACUCCAGUAGCCUCAUCUCUACCGGCCAACUUGUCCUGCAGCGGAAGAACUCAACCAGCGGCGGAACAAGAUUCUCCAUCGUCGGCUCUGCUGGGAAUCAGAUUUCAAGGCUGCCGGCUGGCUCCUACCAGGCGUGUCUUGCUAUACUCGGGUCGGACGGCCAGUCAGUUGCUUCCUUCUCUACCGGCGUCGGGCUGCACGUGCAGUCGUUUCUCUCGGGCGUGUCGGGAAAUUACCUGCAUGAGGAAGGGACUUACAAGAUUUACUUCCCUCGAGUCAGCGGCAACUUGUUUGUUCUCGUCUCACAGUCCCUCAGUUUCAGGCUGAACGCCACGGGCGAGGACGGGCUCUUCCUUGCUCCCGACAGCUCUGACUGUGUUGCGGCCUCGUUCGAGCAUGGCGGCAGACUGUCGUCCCCGAUGAUGAAGUUGGAUGUCAACGGAAGCGUCAACACGAUCGUCAUCGCCGACGUCGCACCAGGAACCUACCAGGUCUGCCUGGCUUGGAGCCAGCGGCCACCUGCCGGGGGCUUGCUCUUUCCCAGCUGGACCUCGACAGGGUUGCUAGUAGUCGUCCAGCAGGAGUUCUUGGGUAUUCAAGUCAACGGCCUGAGGCCGGCUAACGGCAUCCGCGUCGCCUUGCCGAGUGUUCCUGGGAGCGUGCUGGAGUACGACGUCCAGAACGCGACGCUGGACAACUGGAUCAUGCUUGUCAACACCCCAUCCCCAGACUGCUCGUCUGCCCCCAACACGUCGAGUCGGGUCUACAUCGAGCAGUUCGAUUUCCACGUGGCCAACCACUUCCAGAGCAACAGCUCCGACCUCGAUCAGGCCAUCUCGAAGCUCGCUGACGGCCUCUACCAUGUCUGCUUCUCCUCAGACGGAGUUCAGGUCCAAGGAACGGGAGUGUCAUUGAGGAUCCAGUCGCUCCUGCAAGGCUUCACGGUCAACGGGUUGCUCAUGUAUCCUGGGAGAGACAGCAGGGGAGUAGUAGUCUCGCCUCAGCGGGACGGAACAACUGCCGUUGUCCUUCCACAGCCCCUCAAGAUCUCCUCUAUCUUCCUCUCCUCUCCUGACUACGACUGCGGCAUGCAUGCCGAGAGCGUCGGGAGCUUCAAGGGUUCAACCCUGCCCAUCUCUUCCCUCGACGCGACCGUGGCAGACAUCGCUGUGCUUGCCUCCUACCCCACUGGGAUCUACCAGGUCUGCAUCCUCUCCUCCUCCUCUGUGCUCCCCCUCUCCUCUGGCUUGUCCUGGAGGAUUCAAGAUCAAAUCUUCGGCAUGUGGGCAGGGAGUCAGGAUCAGGGGGACGGUCUGCAUGCGAGGGUCGAUCGAUGGCCGGGGAACACAAUCUACGUGCGAGGGAACCUGCCCAACGGCUCACUCUCCUCCCCUUUCAUCGGAAAGAUUCUGUUUGCCCCCUCUUGCACUUCCCCUCCCUGUCUGCUGAAGACGCUCAACGUGGUGUACCAAGUCAACGGGACUUACAACGAGACCCUGGACGCUGAGACAUGGAAGGCUCAGUUCGGGGACGGGGGAGCACAGAUCGGGGGAGUGUACCAGGUCUGUUUCAUCCCAGCAGGGAGCACCCAGGUCUACCGGUCGGGUGUGAGCGUGGAGGUGUUGGACCCAGUGGGGCAAGGGAUCCAUUCUUUCAUCGUCAACCACAUCCUCAUGUGGAAACAGGUCGCAAUUCCUUACAGCAUCCCCUCGAACGAGGUCGUGUUCAAGCUCAGAAACCUUCUCUACAAUUCCUCCAUGAGCUUCGUCAUCACUGCCGUCAACAACCCCUGCGAGCUCCCGGGCGGGGUCUGCGCCUGCGCGGCCAACCGGGCAGAGGAGAUCCUGAGGCUGGGACGGCAGUGCAUAACCGUCUCCGAGGUCUACGUGUGGUGCCUCCUGCCAACAACUCCUGUGACAGGAGACGAGCAGCUCGGCAUGGUGAACUACACUAUCCUCGACCAGGUCUUCGAGCCUGUUGUGGGGCCCCUCCGCUACGACCGGCAGUACUCUGUAUGCUUCUCCAGCUCUGGUCCUGCUGGGCAGUACGAGGAGUUGAACCUGAACCUGGUGGCGCAAAGUUCUUGCGUCAAGUUUGACAUCAACGGGGUGGUGAAGGAGACUUGGAGCAGCAACGUUGUGCCCAGAAUACCCGGGCUGACCUUCAGGUACCUCAGGUACCCAGGCUCAACCUCUAGCAUAACCCCAGCUGAGUCGAUCUCCCUCAUCUCCUCCACGGGAGACUGCGGGUCAGUGAGGGACAACCCUUCCGUGCAGACGUCCAGCUCAACGGGCUUCCUGUUCGCGCUCAACGCUCAGGGGUCGGUGGACCUGAGCAAGAUCCUGAUGAGCAUGGGGUCAUACUCGUACCAGGUCUGCUGGAGGGAUGCGCAGGGGAAAGUCUCAGCUACUGGCCAACUGGUCAUCAUCGAGGUUCACGCGUACUUCAGUGUCCAGCCCAGCUCGUUCCCAGCUCACCUGACGGGUCAGGUUCUGCCAAACGUGCUGGUGAGCCUUGUGGACGGCAGGGGGAACGUGCUCAACAACUUCGACCAAACGCUCGUCGCCGCCUCCCUCCUCCGCUGCAUGAGCCCUUGCGGGCAGCUGUCCGCUGAUGACUCCAGCUGCUCUUCGAGCUGCUCUGAGUGGGUGAACGUCAGCUCUCUUCUCGCUGGACAGUCUGCCAUGCUCGUUGGGGGAGUCGCUAAGUUCUCGAACUUGAUGGUAAGGAAGAGCAGCGGGAGGUACGCGAUACUCUUCCGCUGGCUGCGGGACAGCCUGACGGAGCAGCAAUCCUACGACUUCAUCGUGGUCCCCAAGGCGCUGAGGCUGAGCGACUGGGUGGGGGGCAAGGGGCUGACGGUAGGGGGGUGGGCGAGCGAGCAUGCGAGGGAGUGCAGGGCUGGGCUGCUGGAGCAGGAGGACGUGAGGUGCAGGGGGGCAGCAGGCGUCCCAGCCCUCCGUGUGACCAUGUUGGAUGAGGACGGGGAGGAGUUGACGAUGGUGAAGGAGAGUGACGGGUUCCGGGUGGAGCCCUCCCUCCUCUAUGCUGCUGGGCCGAGCUCCUCGUUCGCUCAAGUCCAGCAUGCAGGCGAUGUGCUGCUGAGAGCGCAGCUGGAGGUGGGAGGGACCUUCGAGAACCAGACGGUCUCCGUGCUGGCAGAUGCAGGAGAAGCUGCGUUCGAGAAUGCUUCCUCUAUCCUGGUGAGACGGCAAGCUGGCAUUUACUUCCAGCUCCAGUUCGGGAUCAAGGGGACACAACUAACCCUUCCGGUCAACACGGAAACAUUCAGCAUCCUUCCAGCAAGCGUCUCCAUCUCCUCCUGGACUUCAGUCCCUUCCUCCUCCUACCGUCCUCCCUCCUACUACACUAGUGUCACUGCCACCCUCGACCCCACUGUCGAGCUGCCCAGGUUCACCCUCGUCCUUCUCGACGCAUCUGGCGAGGCUGAGAAAGAGAUGGCAGGACGGGCGUUGGAACAUGCGCGCUGCUCUGACUGCCUUGUUGGAUGGCUCGAGGGGCCAGGAGGGAACCUGUGCGGGGACGCAGCGUUCCAACAGCGAGAUCCGACAUGCACUGUGUAUCCCUGGCGGACGGUGCCGAACAAGAUCUGCACGAACGCACAGAACUACCCGAGCAUCUCAGACUUCGAGAGUUGCAAGGCGGCGUGCCUUGCCAACCCGAGCUGUGUCGCCAUCUCCUACUACCAGCCCACCAACCAAGUGGUCUUCACCUACUGCAACUUGGCUAUCAGCACUUGCACUGAGGCGACGAGCAACCUCGGGGGAACGGUCUACUACAAGGUGCCGUCGUACGUCAAGCCCGAGUGUGCCUGCCCGAGCGAGAACUUUGACAACCGAACGUUCUACCGCACCUUGAAGAGCUCGACGGUCGCAGCUGGGACUCAGUUCGUGCCAUCCUUCCAAGUCUACGACGGGAUGACGACGCGCGCUUCGUCCAGCUGUCCUCCAUCAGGAUGA